CGGCGGGUCAGCAAUUAGCGGCACAGACACAAACACCUCCGCAGCUCCGCUUACAGCCAGUGUUUAUAUACUGUGUAACCACGCCCCGCCCGCUCUUGCAAACAAAGGUCAGACUUGGGAUCUGAUUCCCCUUUGCGCGAAACAAAACUUGCUUGGAAGAAGAUUCGGGUGAAGCUUUUUGCUAUAACGUAUCGAUAACGAUUCGUCGAGAUGGCACUUGGUACACAUCUACCGUUCUGGCCGGCGCUGCUGUUUACCUACCUGGAGCCGAUUACUUUAAUCCUCGGCUUCAACGCCGCCUACACCUCCCCCUCCACCUUCGUAACAACCCAACUCCCGACCUCGUCCCUCGUCCCCGUCCCCCCAGCCGCCCUCAUCCUCUCCUACUCCCUCGGCAACAUCUUCCUGCUCCUCGCCGCCCUUGCCGUCCUCUGCACGGCCAUCACCCGCGACGCCCGCGUCACAAAGGCCUACCUGCUCAUCAUCGCGGUUGGCGACCUGGGUCACAUCUACUCGAGCUACGCGGUCAUGGGGCCGAAGGUGUUCUGGGAGUUUGGCGAGUAUAAUGAUAUGAUGUGGGGGAACAUUGGGUUCAGUGCGUUUUUGCAUGUUAAUAGGAUGGCGACGCUGCUGGGGGUUUUUGGGAGGGUUGGGUCGAGGGGGUAGGAUGUGGUGUUUGGUGAUGGAAAUGGAUGUUUGGGAGAGCUCUGAGAAUAUGACUUUCUUCCUGCUUUUCUCAAAUAUUUGUUAGAUUGUAGGAAGGGUUGGGCGGUCGUGGUGUUUACAUAUUCCCACGCAAUUGAGUUGGUGGAACAAUGGGUAUAUACACUUGUACAGUUUCUUGUAUUUUAUCUAUGACUAUGGAUGUUUGUUUCAUAAACAAGAAAGUUACCUCUAGUAGCUUCUAUAGCUGUGAUCACUCCGAAACUAUCUGAAAUCUUUGGUGCCUAUCAAUUGGA